CUCCCCACGUCAGUCAGGGAGCUGUGCAGCUGCUGGCACCCCUUAAUUAGCCUAAUUAAGAGAGGGCUCUGAGCAGCGGCCCCGCACACUGCGCUGCUGUCAGAGCCGGCCAGCGCUGACCUUCAGCCCCUUUGUGCCAGCCCAGCAGCACGGCCCGUGGGCAAUUACGGCCUCAUUAGUGCCAGGCACCCCUACCCUCACAAUGGGGAGCUGCAAAUGAGGGGAAAGGCCUGCACGGUCUCCGGGCUACCGGCCACAGCGCUGCCACGUCUCCCGGACACCGGCUGCUCCCGCUGCCCCAGGUAUUUUUGGCAGCCCUAUUGUGGCAGGCCCUAUAAAGUGGCAGUGGCAGUGCAGGGUGCUGAGCUGUCGGCUGCCUGAUGGGACAUGCCCCAGAGCUGCUCAGCCACAUGAAGACCCCAGGAAGGAUGGAGGUGCCCAACACCAAGGUGGGGCUGGGGUGCUGCAGCGCCUGGGGACGAGAGAACAGUGAUGGGUGGGAGGUCAGAAUGUUGGGCUGGGGGUGUGGGAGGGCCUGGCUGGUUUCUUGGGAAGCUCUGAGUGUGCAGCAAAUCCCUGGGAAUCCCUGACUGUAGCCAGCAGCUGAUGAGGGACCUGCCUGGGAGGGAGCUGGGCAUGCAGUGCCUGCAGCACGGGUGCUUUCACUGCUUGUCCCGUGGCACUGGACAGUGAGAGGAGGGUGCUUGCCACAGCUGCUGUGUGCUGGAGCAGGGCAGUGCAGUGAGGACACCCACACCUGGCUGGGGACACGGGUGAGAGCAGGGCAGGGGUGCAGUGAGGACACCCACACCUGGCUGGGACACAGUGAGGAGCAGGGCAGGGGUGGAGUGAGGGCACCCACACCUGGCUGGGACACAGUGAGGAGCAGGGCAGUGCAGUGAGGACACCCACACCUGGCUGGGACACAGUGAGGAGCAGGGCAGUGCAGUGAGGACACCCACACCUGGCUGGGACGCAGUGAGGAGCAGGGCAGUGCAGUGAGGACACCCACACCUGGCUGGGGACACAGGUGAGAGCAGGGCAGUGAAGGGUGAGGCUCCAGGUGCACCUGCAGCAACAAGCAGGGCAGGGGGGAGUUGAACACCAGUGGGCACAGCAGAGGGGACAGUCCUGGGUCGGGCAGUCCCUGUCUCUGCCCUAACGCUGCCCGUUGCUCCGGCAGCCCCGGCGAGCUGCCUGCCUCCUGCUGCUGCUGCUCUUCUGCUCGCUGGCUGCUGCCCGGCAGAGCCUGCCCCACUGCUGCCGCCAGAAAACCUGCUCCUGCCGUGUCUACGACCUCCUGCACGGCAUGGGCAACCACGCCGCCGGCAUCCUCACGCUGGGCAAGAGGAAGAGCGUCCCCCUGGCCUUCCAGAGCCGGCUUUACCGCCUGCUCCACGGCUCCGGCAACCACGCUGCGGGCAUCCUCACCAUGGGCAAGCGCGGGCAGCACUCGGGCACCGUCUGCCACGACGCCUUGGGCUGCCCUGCGGGCACGGUCGCCCAGCCGACAGCGGUGCCGCGAGGAGCUGCCACCAGCCCUGACGGCGCCAGGGAGUGCCAGGGACACUCAGGGAAGGACCCGAGCACGAGCCAGGCCCGGGGAGCUGCGAGGAGCUUUUACUGAAGGGGAUGGGAUGGGGACAGCGGGACACGGAGAGGAUCCCUGGCAGGGUGGACUCCGGGCACACGCAGCCGGAGCUCGGUGUAAAUAGCACUUUGAGAUACCUCCUCCCAGCCCUGGCCCUGGCCCAGCCUGCUCAGGGCACCGCGGGCACCGCGGCCUUUUACAAUAAAUGGUAGCCUGAUGUCA